GGCACUUGCUCCAGCCUCAUUUACCGGCGCCCGAGCCGCGCAGCCCGUAGAGCCGCAGCGCCAGCACCGGAGAGAGCCGAGCCCAGCUGCCGGAGACUAUCCGUAACGAUGACGCACCAGUAUCCCGCGCUCUCAGCUGAGCAGAAGAAGGAGCUGUCUGACAUCGCGCUGCGAAUCGUGGCCCCGGGCAAGGGGAUCCUGGCAGCGGAUGAGUCCGUAGGAAGCAUGGCCAAGCGCCUGAACCAGAUUGGGGUGGAGAACACAGAGGAGAACCGCCGGCUCUACCGCCAGAUCUUGUUCAGUGCCGACAACCGGGUGAAGAAGUGCAUCGGAGGUGUCAUCUUCUUCCACGAGACCAUGUACCAGCAGGGGGAUGACGGCACCCCCUUCGUCAGGAUGAUCAAAGACAAGGGCAUCGUGGUGGGCAUCAAGGUGGACAAGGGCGUUGUGCCUCUGGCUGGGACUGACGGAGAAACCACGACCCAAGGUCUGGACGGGCUGUCCGAGCGCUGUGCCCAGUACAAGAAGGACGGUGCGGACUUUGCCAAGUGGCGCUGUGUGCUGAAGAUCAGUGAGAACACCCCCUCGGCCCUCGCCAUCAUGGAGAACGCCAACGUCCUGGCCCGCUACGCCAGCAUCUGCCAGCAGAACGGCAUCGUGCCCAUUGUGGAACCAGAGAUCCUGCCCGAUGGAGACCAUGACCUGAAGCGCUGCCAGUAUGUGACCGAGAAGGUGCUGGCGGCCGUGUACAAGGCCCUGAGCGACCAUCACAUCUACCUGGAGGGCACGCUACUGAAACCCAACAUGGUCACUCCGGGGCACGCCUGCCCAACCAAGUACAGCGCCGAGGAGAUUGCCAUGGCCACGGUGACAGCGCUGCGCCGCACCGUGCCUCCCGCCGUCCCAGGUGUCACCUUCCUUUCUGGGGGGCAGAGUGAGGAGGAAGCUUCCAUUAACCUGAACGCCAUCAACAACUGUCCCCUGGCCCGGCCCUGGGCUCUGACCUUCUCCUACGGACGUGCCCUGCAAGCCUCGGCACUCAACGCCUGGCGCGGCCAGAGGGAGAACGAGAGCUCUGCCACCGAUGCGUUUAUGAAGCGUGCCGAGGUGAACAGUCUGGCUGCUCUUGGCAAGUACGAGGGCAGCGGAGACGACUCUGAUGCUGCUGGGCAGUCUCUCUACGUGGCUAACCAUGCCUACUGAGCCCUGGCUCGGAGCCCCGGGCGGGCUUUCCAGCCCCACUGACCAACCAGUCUCCCACUCUGCCACGUUCCAUAUCAGCCACAAGUCACCCCCAGCUUUCUACUGUAGCCACCGACAGGAGCCAAGUAGUCGCCUCUGGUGCAGGGGAGAAGAAGGGAGGAACAAGCCCCACCUGGAUGUACUGCCCCAGUCUCGUGUUUUCUUUCAAUUGCUGCUGACUUUGUGCCUGUGAAAGAGGAGGGAGAGGUGCCCCGACAGAGGCUCCCGGGAGGGACUGGCCAGACAGUGCAGGCUGCAGACCCCAUCCCUUCCCCUUUAAUUCUCCAGUUCUCCUUAAAGGGUAUUGUUUAGAGGUGGAAGAGGAGCUAGGCUGGCAGGAGGUGGGGAGGGGCGAUGUCCCCUGGGCCCAUGCCUGGCUCUGGGGCAGGAGGCCCCUGUUCCCAAGGGGUUUUUGUGUGCAGGAAGCGUUCCGUUUUGUUGGUGCCCCAGUGCCUGUUCUCCGCCUGCCCUGUGUGGUCUCAAGGCCCUGGCCGUGUGGGACCCCAAGCUGCAUUAGACUGCACUGUGGUGUGAAGCUGUAGCUUUGCAGUUCUGAUUGUGUGCUCCCCGCCCCGUAGUGCCGCGCCUCUGCUGCCACCGCUCUGUGUCUGCUGAGUCGGGUGUGAGCAGCCGAUGGUAGGGGAGCCAGUUCCUGCCGUGUGUUGUGUUCCCCAUAUGCACCUGAUGUACCAAAUAGUCUAACAAAUAAAUCAUAGAGAAAGUGACAA